UAUACAAAACUAACAUUUAAUCGAUCUGGCGUUCUUAUUUUGCUUCUUGCAUAGCUCACUCAAUGGCCUAUGCUCAGGUGAUCACAGUGCUUCUUUUUGCACUAGCUCUAGCCAGAAUUGACCCCUCAGCAUGCCAGCAAAUUGUGAAGGGAAAACUCUCUUGCCUUGACUGCACUCACCGCUACCAUUUAUCUGAUAUUAAGGUUUCAGUGAAGUGCGAAGGUGUGAAUAAGCUUGCUAUGGCAAGUACAGAAGAUGAUGGAUCCUUCAAGGUUGCUCUUCCAUCUUCUUCUGUGAAUUGCAUAGCAAAAAUUCUCGGUGGGCCAGUUCAGCUUUAUGCUUCGAGGAAGAACCAAGUCUCAAAAAUUGUAAAAGGAAAAGACCAUAAUAGCUACACCAUUUCUUCUCCUCUUAGCUUCAUGAUAUCACGCCCCAAGAAGGCUAACAAGAACCAAGUAGGUUCUUCCAAAACAGUUGAUCUUCCUCUGCCUCCAGAGUGGGGUUUGGCACCAUCUAGCUACUACGUACCUUUCAUUCCCAUCAUCGGAAUACCUUGAUAGAUCGUCAUAUCAUGCAUGCAUGUCUUCAUCUAUCCAGCAAUUCAAGUAACAUAAUAUAUCGGGCACUUCUAGCAUGCAUAUACUUUAACAUGCUUAAGAUACUUUUACAGGGUGGUUUUGUUAGUUAUUGUUGUGAUAAAAUUUAAUUUUGGUUUUACUUAAUCCUUAGUGCGUUAAAAUAAUUCUCCGCACAAGAAAACAGACGCAGCAAGGCUUAACUAAUUUCGAUUUUGUCCCAUAAUGUAACAUUCGUUUUUCAGGAACAAUAUCAAAGUGAGUUAAAAAGGCAUAUUAUAUCUGCUUUUUUGUGUGAAAGAUUUUUUUACUGCACUAAGAAUCAAGUAAAACCAAAAUUUAACAGUCAUAAACAGUCUAACUAAAUUUCCCCACUACAUAUAUAUCACAAUAAUGACAAAACCAACCAACAAAUAAAGAUAUCUUAAACAUGUUAAACAUAGACAAACUAAAAGCUCCCGAGUAUAUUUAUAGUUACUUGAUGGAAUAAUAAUUCAUCAUAACGAAGAAUAGAGUAAUUUUAAUUCAUAUAUGUGGUCGUCUUGUUUGUGUAGUAGUAGUAUUGUAGUUGUUAUAUAUAUAUAUAUAUAUAUAUAGUGUGUAUGUGUGUGCCUUUGUGGUCGUAUAUAUAGUUUAUUGUGUGAGUAAAAGAUAUAAUUUCCAGCUUCAAAUAAGGAAAGUAAUUAAUUGUACUGGCUUGUAACUUAUCUAUUGUUAGAGUAUGAACUUUGCUGAUUCUGUAAUUCAUAUAUAUCUUUUCUGGAGUUUUUAUCUCA